CCCCCUUCAACAAGAGACUAGCCAACCGCUCGUACUUCACCAAGCCCCCCUUCAACAAAAGACUAGCCAACCACUCGUACUUCACCAAGCCUCCCUUCAACAAGAGACUAGCCAACCGCUCAUACUUCACCAAGCCCCCUUUCAACAAGAGACUAGCCAACCGCUCGUACUUCACCAAGCCCCCUUUUAACAAGAGACUAGCCAACUGCUCGUACUUCACCAAGCCCCCUUUCAACAAGAGACUAGCCAACCGCUCGUACUUCACCAAGCCCCCUUUCAACAAGAGACUAGCCAACCGCUCGUACUUCACCAAGCCCCCUUUCAACAAGAGACUAGCCAACCGCUCGUACUUCACCAAGCCCCCUUUCAACAAGAGACUAGCCAACCGCUCGUACUUCACCAAGCCCCCUUUCAACAAGAGACUAGCCAUCCGCUCCCAACCGCUCGUACUUCACAAGCCCCCUUUCAACAAGAGACUAGCCAACCGCUCGUACUUCACCAAGCCCCCUUUCAAGAGACUAGCCAACCGCUCGUACUUCACCAAGCCCCCUUUCAACAAGAGACUAGCCAUCCGCUCGUACUUCACCAAGCCCCCUUUCAACAAGAGACUAGCCAUCCGCUCGUACUUCAACAAGAGACUAGCCAUCCGCUCGUACUUCACCAAGCCCCCUUUCAACAAGAGACUAGCCAACCGCUCGUACUUCACCAAGCCCCCUUUCAACAAGAGACUAGCCAUCUGCUCGUACUUCAACAAGAGACUAGCCAACCGCUCGUACUUCACCAAGCCCCCUUUCAACAAGAGACUAGCCAUCUGCUCGUACUUCAACAAGAGACUAGCCAACCGCUCGUACUUCACCAAGCCCCCUUUCAACAAGAGACUAGCCAACCGCUCGUACUUCACCAAGCCCCUUUUCAACAAGAGACUAACCUCCCUCCCUCCCUCUUAA